CAGUGCUACUACUGGACAGCCUCCCCGCACCGGUCGUCCAAUGGACCGUUCCCGGUGAAGCAGACGUCACAUGGGCCGGGCUGCCUGCGGGGAACUGAGCUCAGUGCUGAAGCUAAAGAGUCGAGGGGGGGUGUUGAUCUGUGUCCACAGGGGAAAGACAGAGAGAGCUGCAAGAUGGCAACGGCACUGAUUUUGACUCCAAGCUACUCCCAUGAUAAAUCCAGCCGCUUUCAGUUGGUGUCAUGGUUCAACCACCUGCUCAAAACAGACUUCAAAGAUGUGCGAGAGAUGGGUUCAGGAGCAUGCCACUGUCAGAUGCUGGACUGGGUUAUUCGUGGCUCUGUUGACAUGAAGAAGGUGAAGUUUGAUGCACAGGGUGAGGAUGAAUAUCAGCACAACUUCAGUCUGCUUCAUGAGGCAUUCAGAAAGAGCGGUAUCACCAAGCUCGUUCCAGUUAUGGAUCUCAUAAAAGGGGAUCUUAAAGGCAACAUUGAGAUCCUGAAGUGGUUCAAAGCUCUUUACACAGCAAAUGUAAAUAUAUGUAAAGAAUACGACCCUGUGAAAGCCCGGGACAGCCAGGAUAUCAGCCCAAUUGUUGCAUCUCGACCCUCACUGAGCCUUGGAUUGGAAUCAGACAAAGAAGAGAAAGACACUGACAUAUAUAAGAAGUUCCCAUACAAAGAAGAGUGGAAGACCAUGUUUGACUGGGCUGAACUGAGUAGUCUUGGAGAGCAAUAUACCUACUGCAGCACAUGUGCUAGAAACCUCAAAACAUUUACUAAAGGCUAUUUAGAACUUCGGCGUCACAUGGAGACAAGCACACACAAGAAACGGGAAGGAAUUUCCAAGAGUGCCUGCCGGCAAAGCCAGCACUCUGAACUGCUGCCCUGCAGUGAUGCAGCGAUCCGCUUUAUUCACAGACACUGUUAUAAUGGCUCUGCCAAAGGUGAACAGGCAUCUAUACGCUUUGCACGCAGCAAGCUGGGGCUGCAGUACCCCAAAGAUAUUACAUCUGUUUGCCAGCACACUCCUUACUGUGUGUACAUUUACGGAGGGGUAACAGCUGGAAAGGAUGAAACCGCCUCUGUGGUCCUUGUUGGAUUCUUUGACGUAGAAGCCUCCAGGCACUGCAUCCGGUUUCUGGAUGCUCUUCAGCCAGAGAAUGGUGCAAAAGAUCAAACAGCCGCAGCAGUGGGGGAGACCUUAAAGAAAUUUAUGUUACCCACAGAUAACCUUGUUGCUGUUUACCUCGAUGGUAAUGGUGUGGCCUCAGAGCAGAUCUGCUCACAGCUAAGGGAACUCAACCCGAACAUAGCGGUCUUUGGAGGGCUGUACAGCAUCAGUGAUGCUGCUUGCCAGGCUGGAGUUAAGCAGCUCUCCAAUCAGACUCAAGAGCUGAUGGCAGACAUUUAUGCCCACUACUCCUCCUCUUCUAAGAAAGAGGAUAACCUCAAGGCUCUCUUUGGCUCUAUCUCCGUGGACUCUCCAUCAUUUUAUAUCAACGACUGCUGCCUUAACUUUUGCCUUUUAGUCACGAAAAUGUUGGAAAAAUGGACAGAUCUUAUAUCGUACUUUAGCUCUUGUGACAAGGAUGAUGAGAAAGCCAAGUUAAUCUGCUCCCGGCUGCAGGAUCACAAAGUGAGGGCAACAUUUAUGUUUCUGGAACAGGCCUUAAAGCCGCUGCACAAUUUCCAAAUGCAUCUGCAGACAUCGGAAGGAGCUGCUCGGGCUGAUUUGCUGCUCAUUCUAGAAGAAGCCAGUAACCUGCUGAGCACCUACACCUCCUACUUCCUUCACCCUCAAGCUGCUGCUCGCUUCCUCAAGGAGCAUGAUGACCAAAUCCUCAAGAAGAAGACAUUCCACCUGUCAAGCCCUGAACUCAGUCUGGGUGGAAAAGCUGUUGAAGAUUUCCUAAAUGAGUCUGAGUCUGUAGAGGCACUCACACUGUUAACAGAAGAGGCGUUGUCUUUCUACAUCGCACUGACUGGCUGUAUUGCGGAGAAGCUGCCUCUAAAUGAUGGGUUUCUAAGGAGCAUAGCUCAGCUGUUGAAUCCCCAGAGCAGGCAGAAAGUGACACGAACAGCAGUCAGGGAGCUUGGGACCAAGCUGGGAAUCUGCAGUUCCCCUGAAGAGGUCAACCAGCUCACGAGUGAAUUCCUUCACUAUCAGCUGGCUGAGGAGGGAGAGGAGAACCACUCAGCAGAGGUUUCACUGGAGAAACACUGGGCCGGGAUACUGGGGGACAGCAAGCAGACAGUUUUCAGGAGGCUUGUUUUGACCCUAUUGUCUCUUCCCUGUCCACCACUGGAUGCUCAGUGUGUUUUUACUCAGGCCUUAGAUAAUGGAGACACUGCUCGGAUCUCCGAGAACGAAGUCUCAACAGAAAGCAAGUGUGAGGCGAAAUCCGACAGCACCGUGAAAAAAUACAGUAAAGAAGUGAAUGGUCAUAUUAUUGGAGUGAAGCAAUGUGAAGUCCGCCUCACAAAGAUAAAUAAUCUAAACGAAGAAUGUGAUGAUAAACCUGGAGAGAAUGGCAUCUUGAAAGAGGGGGCCGGUAGGGGAAGUUUUGGCUGUGGGAGCAGCUUGCGCCAGAAGCCACAGGCCCGUGCAGUGUUUCAAGCUGGUGCUAGCACCUGGUCCAAACCUGUAGAUCUUGAUAAGGACAGCAAAAAUGGUCUGGAGUCCCAAGAUGAGGUGCCAAAAGAGUCACCGCCAUCCAGUAAAUCCACGCCAAGAGGACGAAGGAAGCACGUUUACCAGGAUGGGAAAGGGUUUCUGGCAGGAGAGCUGGUGUGGGGGAAAGUGAAGGGGUUUUCCUGGUGGCCUGGGUUGGUGACACCCUGGAAAACCAAGUCCGCUCCCUCUGGCAUGCGGAGGGUGGAGUGGUUUGGAGACGGGAUGUUCUCAGAGAUCUACACAGAGGGUCUACUGGCAUUCAAUAAUUUCACUAAGUGCUUCUGUAAAAAUUCCUUCGCCAGCUUGCCCCUCUACAAAGCAGCCAUCUUCCAAAUCAUAGAGUUGGCAGGUGAGCGAUGUGGGAAGUCUUUUGCUGAGGCUGAAGGAGAUAAAGACAAAGAGCUGAAGUUGAUGCUGAACUGGGCUUUUGAAGGAUUUCUGCCUUCGGGACCAGACGGAUUCUUACCUCCUGAUUCUGCUGCACAUGCUGAGACUUCUGACUCUGCCCAGUCCGACUUCCAGCCCCCAGCAAAAAGGAAAUACGUUUUUAAAAAUAAGGCGAAUGCAGUCGCCAUCACUUAUAACAGAGAACUGAUAACAGAAAAGGUCAAGGAAAAGGGAAUAACCAUUGAAGAUCUUUGUUUGUCUUGUGGAUCAUCUGACAUUGAAGUUUCUCACCCACUGUUUCAAGGUGGUCUUUGUCAUAAAUGCAAGGAGAACUUCACAGAGACACUGUAUCGCUACGAUGAAGAUGGCUACCAGUCGUACUGCACCGUGUGCUGUGCUGGGCUCGAGGUCAUUUUGUGUGGGAUUGCCAGCUGCUGCAGAUGUUUCUGUAAGGACUGUCUUGAAAUCCUGGUGGGCCCGGGAACUUUUGACAAGCUGAAAGAUGUCGAUCCCUGGAGCUGCUUCAUGUGUCAGCCGUCACAGUGCAAAGGAAACCUCAAGCUCAGGCCAGACUGGAGCGUUAAGGUUCAAGACUUCUUUGCCAACAACAGCGCCAUGGAGUUUGAGCCUCACAGAGUGUAUCCCUCCAUCCCUGCUGAUCAGCGCAGACCAAUCAAGGUGCUCUCACUGUUUGACGGCAUUGCAACAGGUUACCUGGUGCUCAGAGAUCUGGGCGUCAAGAUGGAGCGCUACAUUGCUGCGGAGAUUUGUGAGGAUUCAAUCGCUGUGGGGAUGAUCAAGCAUCAGGGAAAGAUCGAAUAUGUCAAUGAUGUUCGCACCAUCACAAGGAAACAUCUGGCUGAAUGGGGUCCAUUUGAUCUUCUGAUUGGAGGCAGUCCAUGUAACGACCUGUCAAUGGUUAACCCUCUUCGAAAAGGAUUAUUUGAGGGCACUGGACGGCUCUUCUUUGAGUUUUACCGCAUUCUGACCAUGUUGAAGCCGAAGGAAGGCGACGACCGUCCGUUCUUCUGGUUGUUUGAGAAUGUGGUUUUCAUGAGUGCCAACGACAAAUCAGACAUUUGCAGAUUCCUCGAGUGUAAUCCCAUUCUCAUCGAUGCAGUGAAAGUCAGUCCUGCUCACAGAGCACGCUACUUCUGGGGAAACCUCCCUGGCAUGAACAGGCCUCUCGCUACAUCUCUAGAUCACAAAGUGGCUCUCCAGGAUUGUUUGGAAAUGGGACGCACGGCAAAGUUCGACAAAGUCCGCACUAUCACCACAAAGUCUAACUCCAUAAGGCAGGGGAAGAUGGGACCGCUUCCUGUCAGCAUGAAUGGAAAAGAGGACUACCUGUGGUGCACUGAAAUGGAACAGAUCUUUGGAUUCCCCAAACAUUACACGGAUGUGAACAACAUGGGUCGGAUGCAGAGGCAGAAAGUCCUGGGUCGCUCCUGGAGUGUCCCCGUCAUCCGCCACCUGUUCGCUCCACUGAAGGAUUAUUUUGAAUGUGAAUAACAACCCUGAAGUGAAUCUUCAUGUCAGAGCAGCAGCGGUAAACCUUACUGCCUUAUCCUGCCCCACGUUUCUGGGUUCACACUUUUCAAACUCUCCAAACUUUUUUCUUUAUUCUGAAAGACCUAAUCUAGUGUUUACUAUUUUAAAUCUUAGAAACUCUUUUGAUCCUGUGACUCUUCCAACAUCCACUCUCACCAGCAGCCUCUGACACUUCCCGGUUCAGGUUCACUUUGAUAAAUGACGGUGCUGUGAUCAAACAGUAAUGAUGCUGAACGUGGAUCUGUAUCAUGAAGUGACAUCAGACAGAUAGCUGGUUAUGUUUGGGCUUAAAUCUGGUCGACCAUUACUAGAGGCUGGCUCACUUUUAAUCAGGGUAAUUUAUCAGAGUGACCUGACUUGAAUUAUUGAGAAUCCUCAUUAAUGUGAAUAUUCACUGACCACUGUUUGUAGUUAGCCCAAAUCAUGAGUACAACAUUUUGCUCGGAUGGACCCAAAAGUAACUAUAAUCAGUAUUUUUACAUGAUCAGUGUAUUGGAAUAAUAUUUAUAAUAUGUGGUUGCUUUUAGUGUUGAAUCUGUCGUUGACUUGAACUGCACACUCCUUCAGCUGCUUUAGAAUCUCUUAGCUGAUUGUUUUGGUAACUUGCUAAUGUUUUGGUUCUCUGUCGCCCCUCAUUAAGAAAAAGCUCUAAAAACCCACUGUACUCUACCCAUCCAUCACUAAAUGACAGACAUGGUUAGACGUGAGCUGCUGAUUAAUGCGGAGGAUUUUGCACCUAAGAGCCAGAUGUUUCAUUCAAAACUAAUUAGAGCAAAAAGAAAGUGAACAUUGGACUUAAACUUGUCAGGUCACCCAAAGUGCCAAAAUAUUACUAUUUCAAACUGCUUAAAGGUCGAUAAGUGUCAUUAACACGUCAUACACUUGAAAAUAUGGCCUUACUUUUAAUUUGGGGAUAUUAUUUCUAAAGUGAUAACCAGCCUCAUGAUAAUGUUACUGAGGAUCAUCAAUUUUCGACUCUUUGAAGCCAGGUAACCCGACCGCUGAUCUCGCUUCGUGAUACAGGUCUCAGGUCUCUACCUCAACACGGAUUUACUGCAGUUACACUUUUUAUCUUUAAUUAUUUAUGAAAAAUGUUAGCUUGGUUUUCUGUGUGUAUUUUAUUUUGUUUUACCUUACAGAAUCUUACCAGAGACUUUAGGUCUAAUCCGGCCAGUUUUUAUACAGUUUUAACCAAAGUACACGUCACAACCAGUGACGAUGUGCUAACGUUUUAUUUGAUCUUUUUUAAGGACUGUUAUUUAUACUAGACCAAAAAUAUUUUGUGGCUAAUCAUUGAGAACAAACUGACAAUUCAUUUAACUGUAUUCCAACUACAGUGUCUUUGAAUAUCCUAGUACUGCAGAGGGCUAACAUCAUGUUAACUGUCCUCUUAUGGAAGAUACUUGUACUUUAAAGGACAAUAACAUUGUUUUUGCACGUUUGAUCCCUUUAAUAACAAAAUGUCUUUGUUAAGUACAAAAGCUUGAAAGCGUUUUUUUAGUUAUUGUGGUUAAAACAUUUUAAAACAUCUUCCUCAGGAUGAAACACAAUGUUGAAAUAUACAUGUGCUACACAUAGGGAUUUUAUUGUUUGUUCUGUUUUGGAGUUUUAGUUCAAUCAAUGUAAAUACCAGGGCUGCAACUACAACUAUUUCCAGUAUCACUAGAUCGUUUGAUUCUUUUUCAAUUAAUUGUUUUGUCUUAAUUGCCAGAAAACUGUGAAAAUGGUCUGAAAAUCUAAAUCUUCUAAAUCUAAACUAAAUCUAGUCACAUCCUCGCAAAUAACAAACUGGAAUAUUUGACUUUCAUACUUGAAUUUACUUUAUUGACUAUCAACAUAGUCGGCUGUUAAUUUCCUUGGAACUUUCCUUUUGCAAAGCAAUUUGACAAAAGCACUUCAUUUGCUCUGUUUCUGAUUAUCAGUGUAGAUUAAUAUUCAUACCACCUCUGAUGAUGUCAGUCAUUUGCAAAUCGUUAAAGUAAUUUAUCAGUGAAAAAUUGU